AUACCACUUCUUGCUCUGUUGUUCUAUUCUUGCUCUUGUUUCACAAAAAGAUUUUCUUCCUUAUUCUUUCAUCAAUUUAUUCUUGCAGAUCUGAUUUCAUGUCUGCUGUUCACAACGAAGCACACAAAAUCUGCACCGAGCCUUUGCUAGAUGCCCCUGCCUCCCUCAAGACACGUAAAAAAAAUUGGCGUCUUGCUUUCUCCACCUUCUAUUGCACAAGAACUCUGUUAUCUCUCGCCAGGAACAAGGUUCCGCCCAUUCCUUCUCAUGUCACUCUCAAAAUUCCCCUGGAAAACAGUUGCCUCAGAAUUGAUGAUACCACUCUCACUGACCCUCUCAGGGAAAAAAAUCUAAUAGAGCUUCAAAAAGUUCCUUCCCAAGUUGCAAUCACAAUUCCAGCGGAAGAAAGUGCAUUUUUCAAAAUUGACAAGACCACUCUCAGCGGACUUGUCAAGGAGAAAAAUCUAGGAGAGCUUGAAAAACAUGGCGGCAUCAACGGAAUAGCAUUUGGCUUCAACACAUACAAUAAACUGAGUUUCUACCCUUUUGUUGUGGGGGCUUUCAAAGAUCUCAAUGUUUUGAUCCUCCUCGCCUGCGCAGCACUUUCCCUUGGGUUCGGCAUCAAGGGGCAUGGCCUGAGAGAAGGGUGGAUUGAGUGUGGAAGCAUAUUCGUUGCCGCUUUUUUAGUCAUCGCCAUCUCUGCCAUCAGCAAUUACAGGGAGACCAGGCAGUUUGAGAAAAUGUCUCCAAUCAGCAACAAUACUGAAAUUGAUGUCAUUAGAGGCGGCCAACAGAAAAAGGUUCAAAUUUUUGAUUUAUUCGUUGGGGAUAUUGUUUGCCUGAAGAUCGGUGACAAAGUUCCAGCAGAUGGGUUGUUUGUUCCUGGAUAUUCUCUGCAGGUAGUGGAAUCAAGCAUGACAGGGAAGGAUGAUCAUGAUGAGGAGAAUUUAAGGCAAAAUCCAUUCAUGGUAUCUGGUACUAAGGUGGCCAAUGCGGAUGCUCGGAUGCUCGUCACUUCCGUUGGAAUGAACACCACCUGGAAGCAAAUGAUGAGCAAAAAAUCUGUUGAGAACGACCACACACCUCUGCAAAUCAAAGUGAAGAAGCUAGCGCGGUCCGUGCGUAAGGUUAGUGACAUCAUUCUUAUACUACUUGUUGUUGUCAAUAACUUCACCAACAAUGGAAUUGACAAGAAUAAAAACACAGAAGACAGCAGCAAGACGAAAGCGCAAAAUGUAGUGAAUGCUGUGAAAGGGAUUGUUGCUGCUGCGGCUAUUAUUGUCAGUGUUGUGGUCCCCGAAAGCUUACCCUUGAUUGUUAAGCUCACACUAGCAAAAGCCAUGGAGAGAAUGAAGGUUGUGGCCUCUGCUUUCGAUACUGCGGGCUCUGUCAGCGUCAUUGUCACCAACAAAACCGGUACUCUUACGCUUAACCAGAUGAAGGUGGAGGAGUCUUGGAUUGGACAUGAAUCCAUACAUAAAGUUGAUUCUUCUGCUUCUUCUUUGAUUUCUGGCUUGAUCCAUCAAGGAGUUGCUCUAAACACUACCGGUGGUGUUUAUAGAAGUUCUUCAGGGCCCGAAUUCGAAUUCUCAGGCAGUCCAACUGAAAAGGCAAUUCUUUCUUGGGCUUCCCCAGUGAUGGAUAUGGAGUUAUUAAAGCAGAAUUUUACGAUUUUAUUUACAGAAGCUUUCAAUUCCAAGAAGAAACGGAGUGGUGUUCUGGUCACGAAGAAAGAAGAUAACACAAUUCAUGUUCAUUGGAAAGGAGAAGCAGAGACGAUUCUGGCAAUGUGCUCAAGCUAUUAUGAUGCCUCUGGAACAAAGAAAUAUCUUAACCGUGAAGAAAGGAUGAAAUUCAAGAAAAAUAUUCAGGAAAUGGCGAAGAGAGGUCUCCGGUGCAUUGCUUUGGCCCACAAACAAGUUACUGAAGAAGCGGUUGAGGAAGAUUUAAAAGAGAGGAAAAGGCUUGAAAAAGAAAACUUGAUCCUGUUAGCAUUGUUGGGCAUUGAGUACCGAUGCCAGGAUUGGGUGAGGCAAACCGUGGAAGAUUGCAAACAGAACACCGGCGUGAACAUCAAAUUGAUAACCGGUGACAAUGUCUUUGUUAAGAUAUUGGAUUGUUUAUCCUUGAUUCUCAGACCCUUUCUAAGGAUUGUAACUCAUCCUGCUACUGCUAUGGUUGCCAAAGAAGUGAUAGAACAACCUAAUGUCAACCUUGAAUCCCUAAAACAAGUGAUAUUAAAUCUUUUUAAUGUUCCUACUGCCUUAUCUACUACUCCAGGUACCAAACCUUGGUAUUUCGAUUCUGGUUGUUGUAACCAUAUGUCUUCAAUUACUGCUCAUUUCUCUUCAAUAUCACCUAAUAAUUCAUUUCCUGAUAUUUAUUCUGCUGAUGGUUCCCCUAUGAAUGACCCACAGAUAGGACAACUUCUUGGAACUGGUCGCAAGGUGGGGCGUUUGUUUGAGCUCAACUAUCUGCAUAUUCCUGAUAAUAAAAUGGAUACACCAUCAUUUCCAAAUGAUCGAUUCAUCCAAACCCUGCUUUGUGCUAUUGAAUUAGAGUCUUUGCAAAUUCCAUAUCAACAAAUCUUCCAAGUUUGUGCUGCUACUAACAUUUCUCCUCUCCAUUCGUGGCAUUCAUGGCACUCACGACUCGGACAUACCUCUGUCGAUAAACUUCAUCCACUUAUCUCUUGUGGUUUAUUAGGAUCAGUUCCAAAUGAAUUUGUGCAUUUUGUGUCAUGUCAAUCUGCAAAGCAACCAUCUUUAUCUUUUUCAAGUAGUCAUUCUUAUUCUACUGCUCCUUUUGAUCUUGUGCAUUCUGAUGGUACACUGCCACAACAAUCUUGUCCUUAUACUUCUGAACAAAAUGGGCAAGCCGAACGCAAACACAGACACAUCCUUGAUUCUGUUCGUGCUCUGCUCAUUUCAUCUUCUUGUCCAGAGCAAUUUUGGGGUGAGGCUGCUCUUACAGCUGCUUAUCUUAUUAAUCGCAUUCCAUCAUCAGUCCUUAAUAACCAGUCUCCAUAUGAGCGUCUACAUGGUACAUCUGAUGAGCUCUACAAUGCCUCACCACAUGCUCCAACCAAUUCUGUAGAAGAUGAUCUGCCUGCUGGUAAUGCAUUAGAUAAUUUUGAGCCUUCUUCUACUUCCUCAUCUACAAAUGAGCUUGUUGUCCCAUCCUUGAGUCAUCCUACUCGGCUUACACCUAUGGAUGGCUCUCCACUUUCUGAUCCUACUCGCUAUCGGCAAUUGGUUGGUAGUCUGGUUUAUCUUACUACGACACGCCCUGAUAUAGCAUAUGCAGUUCACAUUGUUAGUCAGUUUGUGGCUGCUCCUCGCUCCACUCAUUAUGCAGCAGUACUUCGCAUUAUUCGCUAUGUUAAGGGAACAUUAUUUCAUGGACUCCAUUUUUCUGCCAACUCCUCCCCUGUGCUUCGUGCUUACUCUGAUGCUGAUUGGGCCGGUGAUCCUUCUGAUCGUAGAUCUACCACCGGUUACUGUCUUUUCCUUGGUAAUUCUCACAUCUCUUGGCAAAGUAAGAAACAAGCUAUUCCAUCUCGCUCUAGUAUUGAAGCUGAGAAUAGAGCUCUCGGGGAUACCACAUCAGAACUUCUUUCAUUGCGGUGGCUUCUUAAAGAUAUGGGCAUUUCUCAACCUUCUUCUACUGAUUUAUAUUGUGAUAAUCAAAGUGCUAUGCAGAUUGCUCAUAAUGAUGUCUUUCAUGAAUGCACUAAACACAUUGAGGUUGAUUGUCACUUUAUUCGUCAUCAUGUUGCACAAGGAACUGUUCAUUUGGUUUUCAUUGGCUCCGCUGAUCAACCAGCAGAUCUCUUUACCAAGGCUCAUUUUCCUGGACGUUUUCGUACUCUUCUUUCCAAACUCAAGUUGGUUUCACUUUCAUCACAACCACCUUGAGUUUGAGGGGGGAUGUUAAGAUGUGAACAUAAUUAUAUUUAGAAUUAUUGUAAAUAUUUUAUACUUUAAAAUAUUCUCUUUGUAUACUUUAUA